UUUAAUGAUAAAUUAAUGUUGAUUUAUUAUAACAAAUUAAUUAUCUAUUAAAAAAUGAGUCCUCGAAAUAAUCGGUUAAGUACAUGUUAAUAAAUCGAAUAAUUCAUUACACCUAUUAGUAAUCCAAUAAUAAUUAUUUGAACAAGAUGUGGUCGCUAGUUCUAAUAUUCAUUGUGACUAUUACAUAUAUUUUAUUUUUUUCUCCUAUUCGUUUUCGAAACAACAGUGGACCGUUUUUCAUUUUUUACAAAUUACCAGGACCUUUAUAUCCCUUAAAGUAUAUAUUCUAUUAUUUAUUUUUUACUAGUGUUAAAAGUCUUUUACAAUAUUUCGAUUACCAUACAAAGCACGGAAAAACUUAUGAAAAUGAUGGACCACAUAAGUUAGGAGACACUCUCGGUUAUGAUGCAACUUGGUUUGGUGGUACCAAUUCUGAUGGCCAAUGGAUUUUGUUUUCUAUUGAUCGGAGAAGUGAUCAUAAAAUGUCCUUAGGAUAUGUCUGUCUGAAAAUUCCUGGAAUCGGAUUUAUGGCAACUUCCGUAUUAGAAGAUACUUUAGUUAAGAGCAAACAUAAUUUUACUUUGGAUAAAUCCGAUGCAACUAUGAAUAUUCCUUUGCGAAGUUGGACAUUUCAAUUUGAAGGAGAAAUGGUUUUUGUUGACAACCCAACAAAAAGCACCUAUGUAAUAAUCAAUGGUCAAUGGCAAAGCACAAAUGAAGUUUGGUUACUCAAUCGAGAUUGGAGUAGUGAGUUAUUUGCUGAAUCAUUUGCUCUAGAAAAAUUCAACACAUUUGUGAAAGCAAUUUUAAAAAAAUCAAAGACAAACGAAGUUGUUCAUUGGGAACAGAUUGGAAAAAUAAAUGCUGAGGUAAAUAUCCAUGGAACGACAGUCGAAAUUAAAAAUAUCAUGGCACUUAAAGAUAGAAGCUUUGGUGCAGUAAGAGAUUAUUCAUUGAUUCACAGAUAUGUUAUGUUUAUGAUGUUUUUAAAUAAUGGUCAAUGUGUUGUGUUUUGUGCUGUUUGUAGCAAAACUUCUCUAUCACGCCUAUUUUAUGGAUAUAUGAGUAAUGAAAAUGGUAGAAACAUUAAUAUUGACUGGAGUGAUUUUAAUAUGUACCAAACUGGAGAGAAUGGUAGGACUCCCGAAGAAAUAAAUUUUAUAAUAAGAAUUGAUAAUCAGUUUCACUCGAUUGAAAUCAAAUGUACAAAUCAAAGAUGGUUUUCAAUUGAAAAAGAAAAUAUAACAAGAAAUGAACAGUUUGCACAGUGUCUCUUUGACGAUAUACCAGGAAAAUGUUUUAUUCAAUGGCAAUAUAGCAAAGAAUCGUUAAGAAAAACAAAACUUAAUAACUUUGAUUUUGAAAGUCAGGAUAGUAAAAAAUAAAAUUUAUAAUUUAACAGAUUUAACAGAUUUACUCUUGUAUUGAAAUUAUUAAGUACAUGAAUAUAUUUCACACAAAAUUAACUAUUUUUGUACACUAUUCUAAUUUAUCACAGUCUAAGAAUUAAAAUUGUUGUUUUUUUUUAUGAAUAUUAAUAGACACUUUUUAGUCAUAUAUGAAAGUCAGUAAUUUAAAAAUAAUUGUUUAAAAAAAUUAAUUUUUGAGCUAUAUUAACAUUUGUCACUAGAUAUAGUAAUUAAAAAUAAUUUUAGGCUAUUAAAA